AUGAACAUGCUAAAAUUGUCGGAUUUCAUUGGAAAUACUCUGGUAGUUUCUCUUGCGGAAGAUCGUAUUUUAAUUGGAAGCUUAGUUGCUGUGGACGCUCAGAUGAAUUUGCUAUUGGAUCACGCUGAAGAACGUAUCGGCUCCAGGAGCCGAAUGAUGGGCUUGGUCAGUGUGCCCAGGCAUUCUGUACAAUCCAUAAAGGUCACUAAACCUGUUAUGCAAGAGCUCACCGCAAAAAGGGUUGAAUUGAUGGCGAAUAUUGUUUAG